AGGCGGACGUUAAUCAAUUAAACCCGACUUGGUUCUCAGCCAUCUUUUACUCACUGCCGCGCGGAGCGAGCGAGCUAGUGACAGAGACAGGUCGACGAGAAAAAUUUGUCGCGCACUGUCGCGGGCGGCGUGAACGAUGGCAGGCAGACUGUUCGCGAGUCGCUUGCGACCCGCCAUCCAGGUGCAGAGGUGCGGGCUGAUGACGAUGGACAGGGUCGGCAACAGGGACGUGGUCGGCUUCGGGUACAACGGCGACCCCACCUACAUCGACAGGAUUGACUUUCCCUGCCCCGCGGUGCGCUGGAGGGAAAACACGCCCGAUAUCAUGGCGCUGCGCGAGAAGGAGAAGGGCGACUGGAGGAAGCUGUCGAUCGAGGAGAAGAAGGCCCUGUACCGCUCCAGCUUCCGCAUGACGUACAGCGAGAUGGACGCGCCUACCGGAGAGUGGAAGGGCAUCAUGGGCAUGGUCAUGGUGGUGUUGAGCUCCGGCGUCUGGCUGUACCUCUACUUCAAGACGUUCGCCUAUCCGCCCUUGCCCGAGACGUUCACGCUGGAGAGACGACUGGCGCAGCUGGACCGCAUGAAGAAGCUGGACAUGAAUCCGAUCGACGGGCUCUGCGCCCGAAAGUAAAUUAUAUAAAUUUACCCCGCCGCCGAUCGCUUAGUCAUUGUGUACAGUAUCUCGUUCCCCGGACGCUUGUAUAUACUCGUGUACAAGUGGCGAAAUUUUAAUAAACGCCGUGUGGUUACAUUGCA